AGUAUAAAAUUUAACAAAUUAAACACGUAAACUAAACGAAGUACUUUAGAAAACAAAAUGAGCAAAGUGUUGUGCUUGGCUGCUUUGAUGGUGGUGCUAGUGGUACCAACACCGCUAGCGGCACGAGCACAAGAUGAAGUUGACGUACCAGAUUGUGUUAUGGAGCUCGAUCCUUGUGGCCCGUUCGUUAACUCGACAACCGCCGUGCCACCCGCCGCAUGUUGCCAACCCCUAGAGAUGGUGACUAAAAAUGAUCUCCCUUGUCUUUGUACAAUCUUUAGCAGCAUUGAGAUAAUCCAGGCUUUGAGCCUUAAUGUUACCGAGGCACUUACUCUACCACAACGUUGUGGCAUCCAAUUUGAUAUACUUGCUCAAUGUGAAGCGCUAGCUUUGGCUCCAUCAAUGUCUCCAGCUGUGGCUCCAGCUUCAGGUAUGGACUAAGGAAAGUCAGCUGGGCAACAACAUUUCUUGGACUGGAUCAGAUGUUUGGGCUUUUUCUUGCUUUGCGUUGAAUGUUCUAUUGAGGGCCUGGGUCCUUUUAAUCUUUCUUCCAUUUUUUUUUCUCUUUUUAGAAAAAAUUUCUUUUCUGUAUUGAAGUAUUGCUUAUUUCUGCUCAUCCAAUAAUAAAAGGGAAAAUUUUUACUACGGAGUAACACAAAAUCUCUCCAUUUUGCUCUUUGUAAUCUAAGUAAUUUAUUAAUUUUAAACGCUCUUGUGUUGUGAA